AUGAACAAUUCAAAAUCUUAUAAACCAAUUUCACUUCCCAUAAUAGAUCUCUCGCCAUUAGAAAACCCCUUUUCAUCAUCCAAACUUUGUUUAGACAAUAUUGCAACAGAAAUUCAAAAUGCAUGUACAAAAUAUGGUGUAUUCUACAUUACUUGUUCUUCCUUCCAUACUACAGACCAGAUAAAUAUUAACGAAGCGUGUCAGCAAUUUUUUUCAUUACCUUCUGAUAUAAAGUCCUCACUUUCAAUAAAAUCAGGUGGAUUUACACGAGGAUAUAUUGGAAUGGGUGGAGAAUCUGGUUCACAUAGGCUAGAAGUUAAAGAAGCAUUUUCGUAUGGCUAUGAAUGGGAAAAUAACGAAGCGAAAUUCGAGAAUCUUUUGCAAGGACCAAAUGAAUGGGGAAACUUAGUAAUAAAAUUAGGUACAGAAUGGAGAACAACAUUGAAUCAAUAUUAUAAUAAAAUGGUUUCGUUAUCAGAGUUGGUUGUUAGAAGCUUAGAGCUUGCUUUAAACAUUGAAUUAAAACAGCAUUGUGUUGGAGGGGAAUCCAUAUCUCUUCUAAGGUUAUUUAGAUAUUUUCCUUAUAAACAUACCGAUGAUGAUAAAAGUGAAAAUGAAAAGAUUGGAAGUUCCCCACAUACAGAUUGGGGAUUUUUGACCUUAGUAUCAGAAUUAAACGAUUCACAAGGACUUCAAUUAUUUCAUGAUAAUCAAUGGUGGGAUAUUCCUUAUAAACAAUCCUCGAUUGUUGUCAACUGUGGCGAUUAUCUUUCAUUGCUUACGCGUGGAAAAUAUAUUUCUCCGUUGCAUCGUGUUAUAAGUGAUGGGACAAAUGAAAGAUAUUCUACCGUCUUCUUUUAUUAUCCAAAUUAUGACGCGAAAAUUCCUUUAAUAGGUAAUAACAAGGAAGAAUUGGAAUUCAAUAAAAAAGAAUUAAGUAUUUUUAAAGAUCAGACUGUAUAUAAUGAAGAGUGCGAUGCUAAACUCCCAAAGGAUUUGUGCUUUGGAGAGUAUAUUACACGUAAAUGGGAUCAAGUUUUUCCUGCUGCAACUAGUGAAAACCUCACUAAAGAAAACUGGGAUCUUAUAACAACAUUAUGUGAAAAGACUGAAAAAGGUGGAGAGCAAGGUGCUCGCGAAUGUGUAGCUGCUAUUCAAAAACGGCUGCAACAUAGGAAUCCUAACGUUCAAGGUUUUGCCUUGACGCUUUCGAAUUCUCUCGUCAAAAUGUGUGGUAUCAAUGUGCAUAAAGAAAUAUCUUCUCGUAUGUUCACACAAACAUUGACUCGUAUAUUGCAAGAUAAGAGUACGCAUGAAACCGUAAAAAAUCGAGUACUUGAUUUGAUUCAAGAAUGGACUAAUGAGUUUCGUUCCAAUGAUACUAUGGGUCUUAUGGAAGAAACUAUGAAUAAUUUACGAACACAAGGCUUCCAUUUCCCUUCACCAGAAAAACCUAAGAAAGAAUUAAGCGAAUAUGAACUUGAGAAACAAAAAAAGGAAGAGGAAGAACAAGUUCAAUUGGCCAUGGCACUUUCUCUUUCAGAAAAAAGUGGACAACGAAUUGUUUCCACCACAACUCCCGUAUCUUCAACCGCAUCACAGCCUCUAUCGCAGCCUCCAUCGCAACCUCCAUCGCAGCCUGUAUCACAAAGUCAUAAUUUAUCUCCUAACGUCUCCAAGGUCAAAGCAUUAUAUGAUUUUGUUCCUACUGAAUCAGGAGAACUUGGGUUUUCCCGUGGUGACGUUAUCACUGUAUUAGAUAGCGUGUAUAAAGAUUGGUGGCGUGGUGAGUUGCGUGGUAAGACAGGUAUUUUUCCUGUCAAUUAUGUAGAAAAGCUUCCGGAACCCACUGCCGCAGAUAUUGCAAGAGAAGCGGAAAUUGAAGCUGCUAUUUUUGCUGAAGGUCGAAACAUUGAUCAAUUAUUAGAGUUGUUGGCAGGGCUUGAUAUUACCAAAGAUAGCGUCACAGAUAAUGAUCACAUUCAGAAUUUGUAUAACAACACUUUACCGGUUCGGCCAAAAUUGAUGAAAUUGAUCGAGAAAUAUAGCCAAAAGAAAGAUGAAUUAAUUGCAUUGCAUAAAAAAUUCAUUCAGGCUACUACAGCUUACGAUAAACUUAUGGCCGAAUCUUUAAAAAAAUACGAGGCAUAUAUAAAUCCAAACCCACAACCUCAAUUUAAUUACCCACCCGCGACUACUGGUUAUAAUGUUCCACCUGCUCAUAAUUAUCAACAAAAUGCUGGUGGAUAUGCUGAUUCAGCAGCUGCGCAUGGUUAUUAUAACCCACAACAACAUUUCCAACAGAUAUUUCAACAAACAGAAAAAGCAACUUCUUAUCAAACACCACCACCACCACAACAGUAUUCUCAACAAUUUCCACAGCAGGAUGUUGUAGCAAAACUUAACGCUUAUCAACAAGCAAACCAGCAACAAUAUCCUUCCACCCAACCUCAACAAGACAAUGUAAAUCAACAACCACCUAAUAAUUAUCCCACACAGUAUCCAUCUCAAGAUUAUUUACCACAAGCAGAUGGAACUGCUGGUUAUCAGGCACAAUCUUCAGCUUCCCCUAAUCCUGAAAUUGUAGCUACUACAGGACAAUCAUCUGCUAAUUAUAAUACUUAUAAUACUCCCCCUCCAAAUUCUAAUAGUAGUAUUACAAUAUCAUUAGCACAGAUAUCACGACAUAUUCAGGGUUUGCCAGAACAACAAACACAAUCUGCUUACCCACCAAAUACACAACAGCAACAACAAUAUCCUCAGCCAAAUUCAUACUAUAAUGCAUCACAAGGCGCAUCAGCUCCUUAUGGUACUCCUGUUGCUCAAUCUGAAUUCGUUUAA